GUGCGGCGAGUGAGGCAGGCUCCCGGCGAGAGUGGCGGGCUCCCGGCCGCUUCUGCCGUGAGGAGCCGCCAUGCCGACGGCCGCCGCCGCGCCGCCUCCCCCUCCGGCCGGUGGAGAAGCUGAGGCACUAAUACCUUAAGACCUACAUUUUCAUGCUUGCUUGACUUGAAAAACAGUAUCCCACCUCUUCAAGACUUCUGACAGCGUGAAAUCUAAUGAAACAGUGUUAGUGCAUUUUGGUACUGGAAUGAUGACUGCUCUAGAAGGUGAUUACUAAUUGUUUCAGGUUCCUCUUAUGCUUGGCUAUCUUCAGUUAGCGCCCCCUCAGCCAUUAGAUCUACUUACAUAUAUUUCUGUUUACAAGUUCUGGCAAGAUAUCAGGGUGCUGCAAGGGGGUUUGAAUAUGUAACGCCCAUUGUUUCCAGUCACGUAGUUAAUUAGUGGAAAGGCCUGAAGGAGAACACAAGUUAUUUGAUCCCAUAGCCUGGUGAUGGAUUUUUUUUUUUGACCCCGCUGCUUCUACAUUUAGAGUUUGAUUCUGUGCCACUGAGGUCAGUGAAAAUGUUAUUGACUUUGGUGGGAGCAAAAUAUCAGGCAGUUCUAGCAAGAGAGCAACAUAGGAUGACUAACACAUUGUAUAAAGAACUGCUUUUCUACAUCAGAUUCAAUUUUGACAUCAGUUUGUGUUGAAGCUGAUCUGUGCAGCUCAGUCAAGAGCAGUUACGUGGUACGCUCACUUGGUGAAGGCUCUGGUGCCCUCCAGUGUGAUAUGCCAUGCUGUGCCAAGUCCUUAGGCAGCCAGCAGCAGGAGCAUGGCCAUGUGGAGCACCUGGGAAGUGAUGGCUGAAAGCUUGUUGGUCCAAGUGAGAAGCCUCCCUGGUCUCGUACUUGAAAAUGUGAUUAAUGAAAGAGUUUGUGAUGCCUACGGUUCUGGAAGAGAGCCAGUGUUGGGGUGGGCCUGCUGCAGCAUUUGCAUACAUAGAUGGAGUAGUUGUGCUUCCUGCUGUUGCUGUGCUUCUUGUCAUCUUUCUUCUGGUCUUACUCUUUCGGGCCCUUUUCUGGGGCUGGAGGGGGCAUGGCUGUCUCAGUUUUUUGCAUACUGCUCUGUUUCUGAUAAACAAAAGAAGUGACUUUGGAUCCCUGCUGAUAGGAAUCUCAAUCUCAUACAUUACUCCGAACAUCUUGGUUGGUUCCUGUGAAGCUGAUACUCUGAUGUUUCUUUGAUUCAUCGCUUAUUUCCUCUCUCUUAAAUGUUGCUGAACUGACUAAUGCCCUUUUCUUAUUCCUCACUAGCUGUCAAGAAGAAGCAAAAUUGUACUAGUGUUCACGAGGCAGUGAAAGCUGGUGAUGUAGAACAGCUUGCAUCAAUGAUAAAAAGUGGAACUGGUAUUAAUGAGGUGGAUUUAGUCCACAAAUUCACACCGUUGCACUGUGCUGCACACUGUGGAAGUCUGGAGUGCCUUCACUGGUUGCUCUGGCAUGGAGCUGAUACAACACGUGUAACUGUCAGAGGCUGGACAGCAGCUCACCUUGCGGCUAUCCGAGGUCAGGAUGCUUGCAUGCAGGCUUUGUUAAUAAAUGGAGCAAAUGCAGAAGCUCAAGAUGAUCGUGGGUGCACUCCGUCACACUUAGCUGCAGCCCAUGGGCAGUCUUACACCUUACAAACCAUACUGCGAAGUGGAGCGAAUGUAAAUGUUUCAGACAGGAAUGACUGGAAGCCUGUUCAUUAUGCUGCUUUUCAUGGUCGCUUGGGGUGUUUGCAGCUUCUUAUUAGAUGGGGAGCAUGUAUAGAUGAUGUGGAUAACAAUGGAAACCUUCCAGCUCAUCUGGCAGCAGUGGAAGGACACUUGCAUUGCUUUAAGUUCUUGGUCAGUAAAAUGGCCAGUGUCACGCACACACUGAAAGCCAGGAAUGACCAAGGAGAGACUCCAAGGGACUUGGCUGAACGGUUCUAUAAAGAUAAUAUUCUGCAAUAUAUUGAUGGUGUGGAAAAAGAGGGGGAGCAUCCAGAGGCACAGGAAGUUUUAGCUUUCCCAGCUCAUUGCGCUGCUUUCAAAGGGGAUUUGUUAGUGCUUAGAAGAUUAGUGAGAAGUGGAGUAAUCAAUAUUAAUGAGCGGGAUGAUAAGGGAUCCACUCUCAUGCACAAAGCUGCUGGACAGGGGCACGUCCAUUGCUUACAGUGGUUGAUUGAAAUGGGAGCUGACUGUGACAUUACAAAUGAUGCUGGAGAGACUCCAAAGGAUGUAGCCAAGAGGUUUGCCCAUCUGGCAGCUGUGGAACUUUUGACACAAACUGGAGACAGUAACUCUAGUGAUGAAGAACUGGAUGCGAACAACAUAAAGUUUUUUGAAAGACAUGGUGUGGAAGGAAGUACAGAUAGCAAAGAAGAUUUAACACUGGAUAAAGCAGACAAAAGGAAUGCACGCAUAAGGGCCUAUCGCAAGAUUCAGGAACUUCAGCAACUUCUAGAAAUUGCCUACAGCAACUAUAGACAGCUGGGAGGAAUAACUGAAGAGGAGAAGAAGAUGAAAAAAGAAGAAAGGGAAGUUGAGAAGGCUGUGAGGGAGCUGGAGGCCCAGCUGGAAUAUGAGCGAGUCAGGCGGGAGAAGCUGGAGAGCCAGCUGGAUGACUACCGUGCUGAGAUAAGCCACCUUAGGGAGAGCCUGGAGAAGACCCGCAUCCCCCCUGCUGUCCCCGUGGUGAGUGCCACACAAACUCCUCAGUGCGUGGGACAGCGGCUACUGCCCGUUACUUGUGAAGCUGAGACCAUCUCCAAGUCUUGCAAAGAGAAAAAGAGGGUAAAGAAGAAACCAGCCUGCAGCCCUGGAGGAGUGUUUGUGAGACUGCGCUGAGGAAUGAACCUCCGACGAGGGGCAGGCAGACUGAGGAGGUAGAAUGGCAAUAUUCUACGCAAUGCAAAGUGUUUGCGUAGCCCAGCUCCACAGAUGAGUUGUGGUUCUCUUCAUUUCAAUGAACUAUUUUUUUAGUUCUCUGGGUUAGAAAAUAUUUUUAAAUCACAGCAGCAGCAUUUUUUAUUAGGGGGAGAAAAAAAACAAAGGGCAGAAAAACUUCUCUUCCUGUCCAGGUAGUAGUUUAGCAACAGCUUUGCAAAUUAUAAGGUGACACUUGAAAAGUUAACUGCAGCAAUGUCAUAGGGCCUCCUAGGUCAGAAAAAAGUAACCCCUACGGGUCUAUUUUGUACUACUACCUUAGGAGGGGAAAAAACCAAAAAAGCACCUUACCUCCUAAAAUAAUCGGAUAGGACCUUCAGUGUGGAACCAGAAUACAGUCUGUCGGAGAAGUACUUCUCAGCUGCAGACAGGUGCCAGGCCCCUUCAUUUUCAUCUUCAAGUCAUCCUAAAUAAGCCAGGAACUGACUCCUCUGGGAGGUGCCAGAUGAACUGCAGUGGUGGGCCUCCGAGUCUAACUCGGGGCUGAAGAGUUCACUGGGCUACGGGCCAUGUUGUGGUUAGAAACGGCAAUCCUGACCUCUCCUCCAUGCCUAAAAAACAUUUCAUGACUUCACAUAUAAAGAUUUUUCUCUCGUG